AUGUACACUCACACUCCCAACUUCCGCUUCCUCGUCCUCUCUGCCGAGACAUCGGCUCCCUUCCACCCCGAGAACAAGUUCCUCGUCUUGUCUCCCACCGAGUCUGGCCCCGACCCUCGUGUCUUUGAGGAACAGGCCGUGAGCGAGUCUAGCUCUACCGACCAGAGUCCCGAGUUGACUUCCCAAGAGCACCACCGCUCCAACAGCUCUUCUUCCACUUCCACUGUGGACUCUCAAUUCAAUGACCUCGCUGGCAAACUGCCUAACGGCUUCCUCUACUUGGGCCACCCCAACAAAGGCCGAAAGGGCUCCCUGUGA